AUGGCCUCUGUAGCCCAGGCACAGUUCCAAUUCAAAGAUACAUACCCCACUCCACGAUCGAUCCCUACCAUAAAACCAGAAUGGCGUGAUUUGAUUGCCAACGCCUCUAUUACCAAUGCCCCUAUUCGCACUCGCACACCAGAUGGCAAUGUUGACAUGAGCACAGUAACAAAUGAUCCUUACUGCACAUGGUCGUUUGAUCGUUGUAUCGCUAAGGACGACUUGUACACAUGCCCCACUGGUCAAUACUCUGUAACCUUUGACGAUGGUCCUUCUGAAUUUAGCCCAAAGCUAUAUGAUUACCUAAAGUCGAUCAACGUGAAGACCACCUUUUUCAUGGUGGGUGGUCAAGUAUUGACACACCCUGACUUGGUGAAACGUGCAUACGAUGAUGGACACGAAAUUGCUAUGCACACUUGGUCACACACUGCCAUGACAACCCAAAGCAAUGAAGAAAUUGUUGCCGAGCUUAAAUGGAAUGAACAAGUUAUUCGUGAAGUUCUUGGUGUUUCUCCUCGAUUCUUCCGACCACCUUUUGGAAACAUUGACAACCGAGUGCGUGAUAUUGCCAAGGCCCUUGGCUUUGUUCCUGUAAUGUGGACGCAUGAUACAUUUGAUUGGGGGUUGACAGCACCAGGAAGCACCUUUAACGUGCAAUGGAUUUCCAACAAUAUCACUGAAUGGGGUCGAACGAAUACUACUGAAGGUGGCGUUUCUCUCUCUCAUGAUCUCUACAACAGCACAGUCGAUGCUGCUCUCAACUAUAUUCCCGUGUUCCAGAAUUAUUAUGAUCUCACCGCCGUGGGACAAUGCAACAAUGCUGCACCCUAUAAAGAAUCCAAUAGCACCACCUCCUCAAAAGAUGGCGUUUCGCCUGCUGGAGAUGAAAGCGCUGCUGCUGCACUCAUGGCUACCCCAUCUUGGGUCUUCCUUUUGUUCACCAUGAUCCUCAGCCGUUUCCUAUAG